AUUACGCAGGGAAUAUGUCUUCCUCUAAAUGCUGUGUGCGGGUAAAACGCAAAAACAUUGAUGCCCAGUCCAUGCAUUUAUAUAUUCAGACAUGAAAUGAAUUAGUCAGCAAAAUUACAAUUCAUCUAAAGGUUCAAGUUUUUCAGUGCUUUAUAAUCCAUAUGAACCUCUGUUUUUCUUGUGAACAGAGGCUAUAAACCUGGGUUUUUUUCCUACUUAUUGUGUCUGUCGUUGAAAGAGUAUUUUACAGUGUUGUGGGAAUUGAAUUUACAGAGGAGCAUCAAAUUUGGCUUGCAUUCAACUCUGGUUCGUUCCCCUGUUUUGGGUUUGUGCAGAUCCCCUUCCUUGAAGACUUGCAGUGAUAUCGAUUCCACUCGAUGAUGAUGCAUGUAGAAUCACCAGUUUUGAGAUCAUCCCCAUUGAACAAUGCAGGUUCGCAAUUUAAUCUGCAUUUGAACAAUGUGAACCACCAACACCAUUGUUCUCCUUCCUGGAACGGUUUGCAUCCAUCAAGGCUUUGCCCACAUAUUCAUGAUAAUAAUCACUUUACAUUUCAAGGGGAUCAUGAUAAUGACAUGAGUGUUUUGGACAAUAGUUUAAAGCUUGUGGAAAGAGAAAGCAUGCAGAGAGUUCCUAAGAUAAAAGAAGAACAUGUUGAAGGAGGAGUUUUGGCAGAGACCAAUCCUGAGGUAGAAGUUGGUGGUUGUAAAUUCAGUUUGCUUUCUUAUCCUCAGCUAAAAAGAAAGCGCCCCGCAAAGCUUAACAUUCCUAAGGUUCCGAGAGAGCUUAAAAUGGUUGGUCUUAAUGAGAAAAUUGUCAAGGAAGAAAGCAGUAGCUUUGAAGGGGAUCACUAUGGUUUUUACUGUAAUAAAGGAAAGAAGGAAAAUAUGGAAGAUGCCCACAAGAUUAUUACAAACAUCAACGGAGAUGAUCAGCAGGCUUUCUUUGGUGUUUAUGAUGGGCAUGGAGGCCGUAAAGCUGCAGAUUUUGUUGCAGAAAAACUUGGACAAAAGAUCGUGGAUUUGAUGAUUAUGUCAGGAGGACAAGAUGGAAAGCUAGAGAAGACAAUUAAAGAUGGGUAUUUAGCAACAGACAAUGACUUUCUAGAGCAGGGUGUAAGCAGCGGGGUUUGCUGUGUAACUGCUUUGAUUAAGGAUGGUUGUUUAGCUGUUGGCAAUGCCGGGGAUUGUCGUGCAGUGCUAAGCAGAAGUGGAAAUGCUGAAGUUCUUACCUGUGAUCAUAAACCAGGAACAGAGAAAGAAAAGAAAAGGAUUGAGAAUCUGGGUGGUUAUGUGGGUAUCCAUGGCGGAGUGUGGAGAGUACAGGGAACCUUAGCUGUAUCUAGAAGCAUUGGAGAUUUGCAUCUGAAACAGUGGGUAACAGCUGAACCAGACACCAGAAUGUUGCCUAUUACUUCUGAGUGUGAAUUUAUGAUAAUGGCAUCUGAUGGGCUCUGGGAGAAGGUCAGCAGUCAAGAAGCAGUGGAUAUUGCAAGGCCUUUUUGUAUAGAAGAAAAGCAAGGACACAAUAACCGUUCUGAUCUACUUGAUGAAGCAUGUAAUGAAAACAGUAGCUUCCCACCCAAAACAAGGAAAUUCUCUUUGGUAAAUGUCUCAAAGGUCUUGGAAGACAGUAAUGUGAAUGGCAAUGGCCAAGAUCUUACAGAGAAUCUAGAAAGCUCUAUCUCACAGCAAUUGUGUAGGGCAGGUUCAAUGGCAGCUUGCAAAAAGCUUGUGGAGCUCUCUGUAUCAAGGGGUGCACUUGAUGAUAUUAGUGUCAUGGUUGUUGAUCUCAGAAAUUUCUGCAGAAGAAAGACUGAUAAUGAGACAGCCUCAAAUAAGAUCAUAAUUUAGACAAAAUCCAAAUCUAUAAAAGAAAAUCCGACCCAUUUUUGGUUAAUUUUGUACAUAAUUUAAUACCAGAAACAAGCUUUUAGUUCUAUUGAUUUUUAGCAGGCCCGAGUUUGCAAGAAAGUAUGUUACAGUAGGCAGUUUUUCAGAUUCUAAGAAAUUUCCUUCUCUUUUUAGAGGAACUGAGAAUUGACCUUGGGAAGUACUUUGAAUUGCCAUACCCAAGA